AUGCAGAGGGUAUUAAACAUUUAUUACUAUUUCUCGGAAUAUCUGAUUGGCAAAGAUAUUACUCAUAAGUUAUACUCAGUUAGCGAAGGCCUGGGUAUCGCAGGCACGGGAGAGAAUGACAGUGCGCCCACGCAUCUGACACGAUCCGCCAGUGUCGAUGCCGUACAUGAGGGUGCUCGAGGCCGCCUAAGAAGCGUCGCCUGGCGAGCGAGAACCACCGCACCCAAAGGAAAUUCAUAUUGGCAGCCAGUUGUAGCACGGCAGUUCCUGCGUCAAUCGCCUUUUGGACGAGCUAUGCUUCCUCCGAAGUUGUUGACCCAAGCAUCGUCAGCGAGCCUGCAGCCAUCAUCGAAUCGUCGACGAGAAGUCAAGUUUGCAGAAACACCGAUCACAACCGAACCACCGGUGUGA